UUGGUGGGGGCGGUGAGGGACCUGGAUAAAGGCUGGGGGGGCGCUGGCCCGAAAAAGGUUGAGAAACACUGCUAACCCGUUAUAGAGAGAAACUUUCCACUGGAAAGAGUCGCAAGACGCCCUGGUGGAGCUCUGGGAUCUGCAGCUGUAGGCAGCGGUAAAACAAUAUUGCUACAUUUAAGCUGUGAUAACUGGAGUUCCACAUAUUUUAUAGCCUAAAUCCUCUGUGGAAAACCGGUUAGCGAGUUGCUAACAUGUAAACAAAUGGCGGUUCCGGCGGAAGUCGCGCCCAUAAAUCACGCAAAGCAUCAUGGGGGCUCGGAAUAAAGUGGAUUAAAAACAGAAUGUCGGGUUAUUUGGUUUCCUGUCGGACCGGAUCUUCCAGCUGCUGUUUGUUUUCAGGCUGCAGAUCCACACAGCGCCACCAUGUGGAGGAAAACGGUUCUGCUGCUGCUGCUGCUUCACAUCAUGGAAGCUGCAGUGGCGCCGCCCUGCUGGCAGGGGGCGACCUUCCCGGGGGCCGUGGUGACCCCGGCGGCGGACAGCAGCGGCAUCGUGCGCGUCCCGGCCGCGGCGUCGCUCCAACGGUGUGUGGCGGCGUGCUGCGGCCUCCCAGGCUGCGACCUGGCCUGGCGCUUUCAGGGCCGCUGCUACGUCCUGAGCUGCCAGCAGGGGGCCGACUGCCAACCCCGGGUCCGACCCGGCGCCGACUCGGUUCUGGCCUUCCUGCAGCGUCCGGCCCGCUCCCUGCUGCGGUCCCUGGGGAGGCCGGCACCGUUUGGCCGGACGCGGCGGCCCGGCGGCGACCUGGAGGCCCUCAGGGGCCCGGUUCUGUUCGACGGCCCCGACCCGACCUGGUCCGACCCGGCGGACCUGGAGGCGGAUUGGUUCCGGGACGCGUUUAACCAAUCACAGGAAGCGGAUCCUGGAGGGGCGGAGUCAGACAGCAACCUGACCGGAACCAGAACCGCGGGUCAGGAGGAGCGGACCAGAACCACAGAACCAGCUGGUCCGGCUGCAGCAGAGGGAACGGCAGGAAGUCAGAGACCCGAGUUUCCUCCGUCUGCGGCGCCUGUCGCUGACCCCGCCCCUACGGGUCACAUGACCUCGCCUGGUGAUGUCAUCAGGACCACGGUGCGCCCAGCAGGUCAUCCCAUGGGGGACCUGGUGGAUCCGGUGGACCUCGGCGCCACUGUGACAUCAGAACCAACCGGUUCUUCUGAAGCCGGGAACAGAACUUCAGAACCUCUGAAGGUUCUCCAGGCUCCAACCACAGACCCGCUGAUCCAGGUGACCUCUGACCUCUCCUCCUCAGCCGCUCUCCCCCCGACUACUGCAGCAGAACCCCAGGGGCCGAACCGAGCCCCUCUGGCCGCUGUGGGUCCGGACCUCCGUCUGGUUCUCCCUCUGAGUGCCAGCCUGUUGCUCAACGGCAGCGGCAGCACCGACGACCGCGGCGUUAGCGGCUACAGCUGGGAGGUGGUGAGCGGUCCUCCUGGGUUGCGGCUGCAGGAUGCCGACAGGGCGGUUGCCAUGGCGACGGGCCUAAGAGCGGGGCGCUACGCGUUCAAGCUGACUGUGUCGGACCAGCAGGGGGCGACAGACAGCGCCCUUCUGUCGGUGCGGGUCCAGGAAGCCCGCAGUCUUCCUCCAGUGGCGCACGCCAGCGGCAGCCAUGUUCUGGUUCUGCCCAACAACUCCGUGGUUCUGGAGGGGUCGGUUACUGACGGAGACCAGACGGAGGUCCAGUACCGGUGGAGCAGGGACAGCCAGAGUCCAGCAGCCGGGGAGGUUCUGUUCGGCUCGGAGACCCGGCGCGUCCUGUACCUGUCGGACCUGGUGGAGGGAACCUACCUGUUCCAGGUGAGGGUGACGGACGCUCAGGCCCGGGUCAGCACCGCCACUGCCACCGUGGAAGUCCGGCCAGAACCAGGCGGCGGCCAGCAGGUGGAGCUGGAGAUGCUGGUGGCAGUGUCUCAGGUAAGCGUGGCUCAGAGGGACACACUGGUCCGGCAGCUCGCCGCACUGAUCCACGUCCUGGACCGGGACAUUCGGGUCCGGGCGCUGCAGGGACGGACCCAACUCAGCACGGUUCUGCAGUUCUGGGUCCAGGGCCCAACCGGACCCGUCCCGGCCUCCAGCCUGGUGGUUCUGCUCAGGAAGCAGCUGCUCCGAGACAAGAGCGACUUCCUGCUAUUCAAGGUGCUGAGAGUCGACACUGUGGCGUGCGAGCUGAGCUGUUCAGGGCGGGGCCAGUGUGAACCAAUCACCAAGCAGUGCUCCUGUGACCCGUUCUGGACGGAGAACCUGAUCCGGCUCUACCUCGGGGACGGAGAGAGUAACUGUGAGUGGAGGGUUCUGUUCGUGAUCCUGAGCAGCUUCCUGACGAUGGUCCUCAUCCUGUCGCUCAGCUGGACCUUCGUCUGCUGCAGCCGGAGGAAGAAGCAGAGGAAGGGCAGGAAGAAGACCCGGUACACCAUCCUGGACGACAUGGACGAGCAGGAGCGGCUGGAGCUCCGGCCCAGAUUCAGUCUGAAGCACCGCAGCACGGAGCACAACUCCAGCCUCAUGAUGUCCGAGUCGGAGCUGGACAGCGACCAGGACUCCGUCUUCAGCCGGCCGGUCCGCAACCGGAACCGGGUCAGCUCCCGGGCCGCGCGCAACGGGAACGCCUUCGGGUGAAGACAGGAAGUCCGGGGGGACAGUGAGGAAGUCUGGACGGCGCCUCCUGGUGGCGGCACGUUUGGUUCAGAGGAUUCAUUCAUGAAGCAAAGACUUGGCCUGCAGGGGGCAGCACCAGGACGAGUUCAGGUUCUGUUCAUCCGGGUUCUGUUCCUUUAGUGUCGCUGCUCGUUUUGAACCAUCAGAACCAGAACCGGACCCAGCUGGGAUUGUUUAGCGUCCUGGUGAACCCAAACGUCUCAGCAGAACCAGCUCCAUGUCGCUUCACGCCUCGUGAUUUAACUGAACCACUUUAAUUUCCUCUGAUGGUCAAAGUUUCAGGAGCUGAACAAAUAAAACAUGAAUCAGUUUAUUUCAGAUCAAACGUACAAACAUCCAAAGUUUUCCAGAAUAAUCCGAGACACUAACCCAACAUCCAACAAACCCACAGAACUCCAUCUGCAGCAGAACCGACCCGGUUCCAGCAGGAACCCAGAUUCUGGAUUCAUCCAAAAUCCAUCAGAUUAAAGUCAACAUGAAACUUCAA